AUCUCUUCGGUAAAUCAAGGCGAUCCAUCGAUUUCCAUUUUCGCUCGGGCGCAGACUGGCGGCCGCUUUUUUCUGUCGCUACGGGGGGGGGGAAAAAAAAGCAAGCUAUUUCACCGAGUCACUUUGUUCACAUUUUAUACGUCACGUAUCCAUACGGCGGAGGAUACCGCUAUAAUGGGUGUUUUCCACGGAAGCGGACAUUGUAGCAGUUUACGUGUGUGCAGAUUCUGAUUAAAAAACACCAACAACACAUCCUGACGCCCGCAAGCUAACGUUACUUCUCCCCGCUGUCCGGUGGUGCCGCCUUGGAUAGAGUCGUCAAACGAAUAUAAAAGCAGUCUUACUUAGGAGUCCGAACUGGGCAGCAAGAAUGUCUGGGGCGUCUGUAAAAGUUGCUGUUCGAGUCCGACCCUUCAACUCCAGGGAAACGAGCAAGGAGUCAAAAUGCAUCAUUCAGAUGCAAGGCAACACUACAACUAUCCUGAACCCCAAAGCCCCCAAAGAACCAGCAAAAACCUUCAGCUUCGAUUACUCCUACUGGUCACACACCACGCCAGAAGACCCCUGCUUUGCAUCUCAGAACCGUGUGUACAACGACAUCGGAAAGGAAAUGCUAGAGCAUGCUUUCGAGGGCUACAACGUCUGCAUCUUUGCCUACGGCCAGACUGGAGCUGGCAAAUCCUACACCAUGAUGGGCAAGCAGGAGGAGGGACAGGAAGGAAUCAUUCCCAUGCUUUGUGAAGAUCUAUUUGAGAAGAUCAAUGAAGACUGCAACAAAGAGGAACUGUCCUACUCAGUGGAGGUGAGUUACAUGGAGAUCUACUGUGAACGGGUGCGAGAUUUGCUCAAUCCUAAAAACAAAGGGAACCUGAGGGUGCGAGAGCAUCCGCUGCUGGGUCCCUACGUGGAGGACCUGUCCAAGCUAGCUGUUACAUCCUACACAGACAUUGCUGAUUUAAUGGAUGCAGGAAACAAAGCAAGAACUGUUGCUGCUACCAACAUGAACGAGACCAGCAGCAGGUCCCAUGCAGUUUUCACCAUCGUCUUCACACAGAAGAAACAUGACAGCGAGACGGACCUCACCACAGAAAAGGUCAGUAAAAUUAGUCUGGUAGACUUGGCAGGAAGUGAACGUGCAGAUUCCACUGGAGCCAAAGGUACCAGACUAAAGGAGGGAGCAAAUAUCAACAAAUCUCUCACCACAUUAGGGAAAGUCAUCUCUGCCUUGGCUGAAGUGGAUAACUGUACCAGCAAGAGCAAGAAAAAGAAAAAGUCGGACUUCAUCCCUUACAGAGAUUCUGUUCUGACCUGGCUGCUGAGGGAGAACCUUGGUGGUAAUUCAAGAACAGCCAUGGUAGCUGCCCUCAGUCCUGCAGAUAUCAACUACGAUGAAACUCUCAGUACACUUCGCUAUGCUGACCGAGCCAAGAACAUCAAAUGCAACGCUGUUAUCAAUGAGGAUCCCAACAAUAAGUUGGUGCGUGAGCUGAAGGACGAAGUGGCCCGACUGAAGGAGCUGCUCCGCGCUCAGGGCCUGGGAGACAUCCUGGACAUUGAUCCAAUGGGGGAUGAUUACCCAGGAAGUGGAAUCAAAUACCUCAAAGACAUUCAGAACAAUAAGAAUAGAUACUUGAUAGCCUCAGAGAACCAACGCCCUGGCCAUUUCUCCACAGCCCCUAUUGGUUCCCUGACAGCUUCGCCGUCCUCUGGCGCAUUGUGCAACCAGGGGGGUCUUCAGUCGGUCACCAGCAUCCAGGAACGCAUCAUGUCCACACCUGGAGGAGAGGAGGCCAUUGAAAGACUCAAGGAAUCAGAAAAGAUCAUUGCUGAGCUCAAUGAAACCUGGGAGGAGAAACUACGGAAGACAGAAGCAAUCCGCAUGGAGAGGGAGGCCCUGCUUGCAGAGAUGGGCGUGGCAAUCCGUGAAGACGGAGGCACUUUGGGCGUGUUCUCUCCUAAAAAGACUCCACACCUGGUCAACCUGAAUGAGGAUCCUCUAAUGUCUGAGUGUCUGCUCUACUAUAUCAAAGAUGGGAUAACAAGGGUCGGUCAGGCUGACACUGAGAGGAGGCAGGACAUUGUUCUAAGUGGAGCCCACAUCAAGGAAGAACACUGCAUCUUCCGAAGCGAAAGAAAUGCCAAUGGAGAUGUUAUUGUCAUGUUGGUGCCAUGUGAGGGAUCUGAAACCUAUGUCAAUGGCAAACGUGUUGAGGAAGCAAUCCAGCUUCGUUCAGGCAACCGCAUCAUUAUGGGAAAGAACCACGUGUUCCGCUUUAACCACCCGGAGCAGGCUCGAGCUGAACGGGAGAAAACACCGACCGCUGAGACCCCCAUCGAGCCUGUGGACUGGACGUUUGCUCAGCGAGAGCUCCUGGAGAAACAGGGCAUCGACAUGAAGCAGGAAAUGGAGAAAAGGCUCACCGAGAUGGAAAUUUUGUACAAAAAGGAGAAGGAAGAAGCAGACCAGCUUCUGGAGCAACAACGAUUGGUUUACGAGAGCAAACUGCAGGAGCUCCAGAAGCAGGUGGAGACGCGCUCUCUGGUCGCAGAGACGCCCGAUGAGGCAGAGCUGGAGGAGGACGAAGAGGAGGAAGAGCCUAAAUUACUGGGAUUGCCGUGGACGCAGCAUGAGUUUGAGCUGGCUCAGUGGGCCUUCAGGAAGUGGAGGUACCAUCAGUUCACCUCCCUGCGUGACCAGCUGUGGGGGAACGCCGUGUACCUGAAGGAGGCCAACGCCAUCAGUGUGGAGCUGAAGAAAAAAGUCCAGUUCCAGUUCGUCCUGCUGACAGACACGUUGUACUCUCCACUGCCCCCUGAACUCCUGCCCCCAGAGCCGGAGAAGGAACGCGAUCCGAGACCCUUCCCUCGCACCGUGGUCGCUGUCGAGGUUCAGGACCUGAAGAAUGGAGCUACACACUACUGGUCCCUGGAAAAACUCAAGCAGAGGCUGGAGCAGAUGAGGGAGAUGUAUGACCGCGCUGGAGAAAUGGCCUCCACUCACCAGGACGGCGAUGGAGAGGGAACUCUGACAGGAAACGACCCGUUCUACGACCGUUUCCACUGGUUUAAGCUUGUUGGGAGUAGCUCUCCCAUCUUCAACGGCUGCGUCAACGAGCACCUGGCCGACCGAACGCCCUCGCCCACGUUCUCCACCUCCGACUCUGAGAUCACUGAGCUGGCGGACGAGCGCCAGAGCGAGAUGUCGGACUUCAUAGACGACGAGGCGUUUGUGGACGACACGAGCUCGGAUGCGGGCACCGAAGAGGGCUCGGACAUCUUCAGCGACGGGCAGGACCCCUUCUACGACCGCUCCCCCUGGUUCAUCCUGGUGGGAAGAGCUUUUGUGUACCUGAGCAACCUGCUGUAUCCUGUGCCGCUUGUUCACCGGGUUGCCAUAGUUACAGAAAAGGGCGAGGUGCGAGGCUUCCUGCGCGUGGGGGUCCAGGCUAUAGCUGCUGACGAGGAGGCUCCAGAUUACGGGUCCGGGGUUAGACAGUCGGGGACUGCCAAGAUUUCUUUUGAUGAUGAAUACUUCAAAAAGACUGACUUUCCCUCUACGGUUAUGACCCGCUCUGGCUUGUCCCUGGAGGAAUUGCGCAUUGUGGAGGGUCAGGGUCAGAGCUCAGAGGUCAUCACACCCUCCGAGGAGCUCAACAGAAUCAACGACAUGGACCUGAAGCUGGGCAACAUCCCAGACGCCAAGCUGAGUCACAGUGAGGGUCUAGCAGGCCAGCUGGAGGUGGGGAGCAUCUUCACCUUCCGCGUGACUGUCCUCCAGGCCAGCGGCGUCCCACCUGAGUACGCCGACAUCUUUUGCCAAUUCAAUUUUCUCCAUCGCCACGAUGAGGCUUUCUCCACCGAGCCGCUGAAGAACACCGGCAAAGGAGCUCCGCUGGGUUUCUACCAUGUCCAGAAUGUUUCAGUGGAGGUCACAGAGUCUUUUAUUGAGUACAUUAAGAGCAAGCCCAUCGUGUUCGAGGUGUUCGGCCACUAUCAGCAGCACCCGCUGCACAUCCACGGCCAGGACCUGAUCAGUCCUCCAACACAGUCACGGAAAUACUACCCCAUCCCCAUGCCUCUGUCCAAACCAGUUCCAGCCACCAAGCUGAACACCAUCACCAAGUCGAACCUGGGUCAGUGUGUCAGCAAGUACGACCUGCUCAUCUGGUUCGAGAUAAGCGAGCUGGAGCCGACCGGAGAGUACAUCCCGGCUAUAGUGGAUCACAGUGCCGGAUUGCCCUGCCAUGGCACCUACCUUUUGCACCAGGGGAUCCAGCGGAGGAUCACAGUGACUCUUAUACACGAGAAAGGCAGCGAGCUCCACUGGAAGGAUGUUCGUGAGCUGGUUGUAGGUCGUAUCAGGAACAAGGCCGAGGUGGACGACAGCGCAGCCGACGCCGUCUUGUCCCUGAACAUAAUUUCUGCCAAGAAUAUCAAGUCAUCCCACAACACUAACAGAACGUUCUAUCGUUUUGAAGCUGUGUGGGACAGCUCGCUGCACAACUCCCUCCUUCUGAACCGAGUCACUCCAUAUGGAGAGAAGAUCUACAUGACUCUGUCUGCAUAUCUGGAGCUGGACCACUGCAUCCAGCCCGCCAUCAUCACUAAAGACAUCUGCAUGGUGUUCUACUCCCGGGACGCUAAGAUCUCCCCGCCGCGUUCUCUCAGGAACCUCUUUGGGAGUGGGUACUCCAAAACUCCUGACUGCAAUCGCGUCACCGGGAUCUAUGAGCUCAGCCUGUGCAAGAUGUCCGACACCGGAAGCCCUGGGAUGCAGCGGAGGAGGAGGAAGGUUCUGGAUACUUCAGUGGCCUACGUGCGAGGGGAGGAGAACCUGGCCGGAUGGAGGCCCAGAGGGGACAGUUUGAUCCUAGAGCACCAGUGGGAGCUGGAGAAACUCGAGCAGCUGCAUGAGGUGGAGAAGACCCGUCACCUCCUCCUGCUGAGGGAGAAGCUGGUAGAGGCGCCUCCUGUGGGAACGACUCCCAUCGCCAAGUCCCUGAGCGAGUCUCUGUCCCCCAGCAUGAGCUCGGGGACCCUGUCCACCUCCACCUCCAUCUCCUCGCAGAUCUCCAGCGCCACUUGCGAAAGCGCCAUCACGCCCAGUGAGAGCAGCGGCUACGACUCAGCGGACAUUGAGAGCCUGGUGGACCGCGAGAAGGAGCUCGCCUCCAAGUGUCUGCGCCUGCUGACGCACACCUUCAACAGCGAAUACAGCCAGGUGGUGAACAGCAUCAGCGACUGCAAGCUGUCGGACAUCUCGCCCAUCGGACGAGACCCAUCGGUGACCAGCUUAAGCAGCGCCACCCUCACGCCCUCGUCCACGUGCCCCUCCCUGGCUGACUCCCGCUGCAGCUCCUUAGACCAAAAGACCCCAGAGAACAACUCCCGUGCCUCCAGUCCCUCCUGCUCGGACUAUGAGAACUUCCCAAUGGUUCCCACUCUGGAGAUGUCCUACCUUGCUCGGGCUGGAAAGAACGAGUUCUUAAACUUGGUGCCUGAUAUUGAGGAAAUGAGGCCGGGGUCUGUGGUGUCUAAGAAAGGUUUCCUCAGCUUCAUGGAGCCGCGCUCCAACACGUGGGUGAAGCACUUUGUGGUCGUUCGCCGCCCGUACGUCUUCAUCUACAACAGCGACAAGGACCCGGUGGAGCGAGGCGUCCUCAACCUCUCCACAGCCCAGGUGGAAUACAGCGAAGACCAGCAGGCCAUGCUCAAGACUCCCAACACGUUUGCGGUGUGCACAAAGCAUCGAGGAAUCCUUCUGCAGGCCAACAAUGAGAAAGAUAUGAACGACUGGCUGUACGCCUUUAACCCUCUGCUGGCAGGAACGAUAAGAUCGAAGCUGGCGAGGAGGCGCAGCGGCCUGAUGAAGAACUGAGUGGAGCCGAGGAACCCCCGCGGCUCUCGCUCUCUCUGAGCAGCCUUUGAUCAAACAAAGUGUUAACACUUAUUAAUCAUUGUGAGUCUUAAAGGUUUCCUCUUGUAAGUAGACUUGUGGCUUAAGUCUCUACUUUUCAUGCGACUAAACGUUUAAGCUCCGUUGAACUUUGCCUCUCCCCAGCCCAUCCCCUCCCGUCCCUCCGGCACCCCGAGCUCUUCUUCUUCUCCUCCCCCCCUCGGCUCUUUUGUGUUUUAAAUUUUUACGACGGGUCUGAUUUCUUUCCGCUUUGUCGUCAUUCCUGAACUUCCUGACUUGUAGCAUGUCGUAGUAGUCUACUUGUGUGUGCACGGCUCUCCAAAAAUCUAAUUUUCAGUUUGCCAAUCAUCUGUAAAAAAAAGAAAAAAAAAAAAAAAGGAAAAAAAAUCUUUUCAGUGUUAUUUGUCUCCCAAAAUAAGUUUAAUUUAACUUUUUGGUUUUUGAUAACGUGCUCGGAUAAGAAGUGCAGCAGCAGUCCCCAGGAGAACACCAGGUUUGCUUCCUGAAAACAGCUCAAAUUACAAAAAAAAGAAAAAGAAGUUAAAAAUCUGCAAAUAUAUCAAAGCAAUCUCUUAGUUAUGCUCUAUUACUUACUAUUGGUAUUGCUUUCCUUUUUUUAUUGUUAGCUAGUAGGAAAUUGCGAAGCGAAACUUAAAAUUACAAGCGAAAUCCUGUCGAGCUCAGCACUGAAUCAUCCGUGAUGCUUGGAUCCCUCCUCUCAGCCUCCUCUCAGAAAAUGUACAACUUUUGUACGGGUAGUUCCUGCAGGAGUACUUAUUUUUCCGUUUGGUGUUCCACCGUAAGAAGGAUGUGAGAGGGGAGGUACGGGAGAGAAAUAAGAGAGAGAAAGAGAACAGCUCUUUGCUUGAAACACUGCAAUACUCAAAUCCCAUGGUAGGCUGUUCUUUCUGCUUCUACAGCUAACAUAAACCCAAACUUUGUUACUCCACUGUCACAUGUGUGUGAAACUAAAGACGCGAUUAGAAGUGAAGAAGUUGCUGGGUUGUGAGACAAAGCGAGGUGAUGAAGUUGCUCAGGCACAGCCUGAGGAGGAGGAGGAUGAUGAAACGUUCCCCUCGUUGGGUAAAACCUCUAAAAUUAAGUUUUGUCCAUUUCAGCACCAACAAACAUGACCACUUCUUCAUUUUCUGUUCAGCUUCCUGAAUUGAAACUUCUCCAACCCAUCUCUUUUUUUUCCCCCCUUCUUGUUUAAAUAAUUUUCAUUUCUCAAAGUCUUUUUUUUUUUGUUGUUAUUUGAAAUGUAAAAAAAGGGCAUUUACUUAUUUUUUUUUUAACCAGCAUUUACUGGUGUUGCACUUUUUGUUUUUGCACAUUAACUCGCAUCUAUAGCAAGGUCAGGUAAUGCAGGAUUGUAUCCGAGCUUCAGGAACAAGAACGAGAGCACAUAUCAAAGCUACACUGGAUGAAAAGAUGGAGAAAGGGUUUUUUUUGUUGUUGGUGAGGAUGUUUGCUUGGUGCCUCUGUCUCUGCGCAGAAGGGCGUAGUUAAACUCUGGCCUACCAACCAGCAGUUCGCCCGCCGUCUCACCUGACACGAGAGCAGAAACGGAGGUGCCUGGGAUAAUUUAAUCUCCGAUCACAGGUCAGGAAACCUGCUGGUCAGGGAGUGCUUAAAGAACUCAUCGUAGGAUAUAAACCGUGCAUCUAUGCAUUCAUUAGGAGAUGGGGGGGAAAAGUGCUGCUUUUUCAUAUGGAAGAACAUCAGAUCAAACAUUUUCACCCCAGUGGGUAAUUUUCAGAAGUAUAUUAUUAUGGAUUAUGUGUUUAUCAUUUUAAAAAAAAUGUACAUAUUAGUUUGCAGCUCUUUGCACAUAUUAAUAAAAGGUUCAACUAACUGAUCAAGUGAAGUCUGUGUGGUUUAGUUGUUCUGCUCAUAGUGAACCAAAUGAAGAUUUGGCAGCCUGAACUGAGAGAGAGAGAGAAAGAGAGAGAGUUGAAUGUAGGAUUUAGGGUGUUUGGUUUUUGUCGUUUUCCACCAUUUCUUUAAAAGGGACCUAAGAUGUGACCCACUGCACCUUUUUUUUUUUUCUCAUGGAGGCGAGUUACAUUAGUGCUUCCUCUUUACCAGAAAGCGGUUCACAAGUCUGCUUUCGUCUUUUGAAGAGAUAUUUGCUAACGACGCACGGUGGCCAGGUGUCUGAAAUCUUAAUAAAAGGUGAUUUUUAUUAGCUUAUUUUAUCUAAUAUCAGGGAAUAUAACACAUCGUAGCUAUAGACUAAAAUUAUGAUAGAACUCUUUAAUGUGACUUUUUUUUCUUUUUUCCGUUGAUGCCUUUCAAACAAAACUAGUCCUGAUAUCUCCAUCAGCCCCCCUCUGACAGUAUCUUUGGGAUUCGUGCAUUAAGAAGAAUAAAAGGACAAGACCUGAACAUUUUACUGCUGUACAUUUUUGUCAGACUGGUUUCAUUUUCAUACUUAUUUUGUAAAUAUCUAUGUUGUACGGAGCUUGAACUAAACUGUAAAUAUGUUUACUGUAUUUGUAAUAAUUAUAAUCCAUCCGCUGUAUAGCAUAGAUGUGUCAUGCAGAUAUCCUAACUCUGUGUAUGGUAAUCUUGCACCACUGAACUGUUUAGUGAAUGAGACAACAAUAAAAAACGAAAAAUGCAAACUGCAUUAGCAGAAUGUGUGAUGCCUGCUUUGAUUUUUUUUCUCUUUGUCAAGUUACGUUUGUUAGCUGUGCAGUUCAAAUAAACUUAACACAAGAACCAAUUAUGAAACGAGCCAACAAACACUAUUUUGUCAAAUGCCGUCAUCAAAAUAAAAAAAAGUCUUCA